CUACCAGCUAGAACAUCUGCUCACGCUUGCAGCAGAUCCAUAGAGAGAUUCCUCCCACAAGGUAAUCCUCAUUCGAGUACGCAAGCGAUACCCACGACCCUUUCCCACCCAAACCUUCGAAAACAUUUCCAUUCAAAAUGUCUUCCGGACACCCCGACUGCCUCAAUGCGACUGAGGAGGAUAUCCAGCUCUUGUUGUCAGCCCAAUGCCACUUGGGAACCAAGAACUGUGACAAGACUAUGGAGCCAUACGUCUGGAAGAGGAGAGCCGAUGGUAUCCACGUCUUGAACAUUGGAAAGACUUGGGAGAAGCUCGUCCUCGCUGCCCGAAUCCUGUCUACCAUUGACAACCCCAACGACAUCUGUGUCAUCUCUGCUCGACCUUACGGACACCGAGCCGUCCUCAAGUACGCCGGAUUCACUGGAGCCCAACCCAUCGCUGGACGAUUCACCCCUGGAAACUUCACCAACUACAUCACCAAGUCUUUCAAGGAACCCCGAGUCAUCGUCGUGACUGACCCUCGAGUCGACCACCAGGCUAUCCGAGAGGCUGCCUACGUCAACAUCCCUGUCAUUGCUUUCUGUGACACCGAUGCUUCUCUCAAAUUUGUCGACGUUGCCAUUCCCACCAACAACAAAUCCCGACACGCUAUCGGUUUGAUGUGGUACUUGCUCUGCCGAGAAGUCCUCCGACUCCGAGGAACCGUUCCUCGAGGACCCACUGGACCUUCCGGGUGGGACGUCCUCCCCGAUCUGUUCUUCUACCGAGACCCCGAGGAGAUUGAGCGAGAGGCUGCCGAGAAGGCCGCUGCCAACGCUCAGGAAGGCUACGAGGGAGCCGAUGCUUCCGCUGCCGUUGGAGCCGUCCAAUCUGAGUUCGCCGCCGGCAAUGCCGCCGAUGCCGUGUUCAACGCCGAGCCCACUGCUCAAAACCUCGACUGGAGCGCCGAGGCUCAGACUGGAAACGCUGGCGACUGGGCCGCGGACCCUCAGGAGGCUACUCAGGAUGCCACCGGAGGCUGGUAGAUGCAUGCAUAAUGCGAUUGUGAGAGAUC